GGCGGAGCCGCAGCAGCGGCGCGAAGUGGAGCCUCAACUUCUCAACGGGGACGACUUGCACGAGGAGAGGGAGGACGCAGAUGCCCCGGAGCCGGUGAAGAAGAGGAGGAGAAAGAAGAGGAGGAGUAGGACCACCGCGCCGGUGGCACGCGACGGGAGGCGAGAGCAUCCGAGAUGCGGGACGGGACACUCUCCAACCUGUCAGAGGGUUACUGUCGUGCAGCUGUCCCAACUCGGACAGGCUGCUGCUGCUGCUGCUGCUGGGGCUGAGGGCGCUCAUCUGGAAACGGGGCAAUUCAACACCAGAGAUUGAUUGGGAGACGAUAUGGGCGGAAUAACGUUUAAUUUGACUCUAGAUUUAAUAUGUUCUGUCCUCUAAUUAUCCCUAAGCCGCGUGGAAUGAUGUAAUAGAAGUAUCCACAGUUUUAGUGCAAUAAGAUGAUAACCACACUGAUACAUUUAGUCUUACCGUCCCAAAACUGUGGAAGUACAAAAUCCCCAAAAGCAUCAGUUGUUGAACCUGCCCCAAGCCAAGUGUGGUCCACACAGAACUGCCUUUCAAAUGUCAUAAUGCUGCAAGCAGGGACAAAUGAGGCUGAGGGGGAUGGAGAAGUCGGAUGUGUUGGUGAUGUGGCAAAACAGUUGGAGCUGCAAACACUGGAGGACAAAGAGAGGGAGGAGGAUGGAGAAGAAGAUGGGGAUGAGGGAGAGAACUCAGCUGGAAAGAAGAAGAGGAAGAAGAAAAAGAAGAAAGGGUUGAAGGGACAGACUGACCCUCCCUCAGUCCCAAUUUGUGAGCUGUAUCCCAAUGGAGACUUUCCAAAGGGAGAGGAAUGUGAAUACCCCCCAUCAAAAGACGGGCGCAGUGCAGCAUGGCGGACCACCAGCGAGGAGAAGCGGGCGCUGGACAGGGCCAACGAGGAGAUGUGGAGUGAUUUCAGGCAGGCGGCCGAGGCACACCGACAGGUACGCUCCUACGUCAGGAGCUGGAUCAAACCAGGGAUGGCCAUGAUUGACAUCUGUCCCUUUGUGCUGCUCUCUGCUUCUGGCAGUGAGAAACUAGAGGACUGCUCCAGGAGGCUCAUCAAAGAAAAUGGCCUAGCGGCCGGCCUGGCCUUCCCCACCGGCUGCUCCAUCAACCACUGUGCUGCUCACUACACCCCGAACGCAGGAGACCCCACGGUGCUGCGCUACGACGACGUCUGCAAAAUCGACUUUGGAACGCACAUCAACGGUCGAAUAAUAGACUGUGCCUUCACCGUCACUUUCAAUCCAAAGUAUGACCGGCUGCUGGAGGCUGUGAGAGACGCAACCAACACUGGCAUCAGGUUUGCAGGAAUCGAUGUGCGCCUGUGCGACGUCGGCGAGACCAUUCAGGAGGUCAUGGAGUCUUAUGAAGUGGAGAUAGAUGGGAAAACAUAUCAAGUGAAGCCAAUCAGGAAUCUCAACGGCCACUCUAUUGGACAGUACAGGAUACACUCAGGGAAGACAGUCCCUAUCGUCAAAGGCGGAGAGGCCACGAGGAUGGAGGAAGGUGAAGCGUACGCCAUUGAGACAUUUGGCAGCACGGGAAGAGGUGCAGUCCACGAUGACAUGGAGUGCUCACAUUACAUGAAAAACUUCAACGUUGGACACGUGCCAAUAAGACUUCCAAGGGCUAAACAUCUGCUGAAUGUGAUCAAUGAGAACUUUGGCACCUUGGCAUUCUGCCGCCGCUGGCUGGACCGCCUGGGCGAGAGCAAGUACCUGAUGGCAUUGAAGAAUCUGUGCGACCUUGGCAUCAUAGACCCGUACCCGCCUCUCUGCGACAUCAAGGGCAGCUACACUGCCCAGUACGAGCACACCAUCCUACUCAGGCCCACCUACAAGGAGGUAGUGAGCCGGGGAGAUGACUACUAAGCAUGCGGGAAAACUGAAGGCAAACCAGGAAGAGCGUGACAGCUCAAAGACAACAAACCUCUUCAGACUGAAAGCAAUUAUGCAAUAUUUCUCUGACCUAAAUUUCCACUGCUAGAGCACCCUUAGGUUAUUGUUAGCAAAAGAUUUGUGUCAUGGCAGCAGCUUACUUGUAUUAGUUAGGAUUGAGCCGGUAGACAAAGGACGUGUCUUUUAGAAACAUAGAGUUGAAGUAUCAGUUAUACAUUGAUGUUCUUUCUGCUCAUAGGAAAUAUGCAAAAAAAUAAUAAUAUAUAUAUAUAUAUGCAAGAAAACCAUGCAAGGUUUUGGUGAACACUUCACCUAAAAUGAUGUGCUUCAUUCAUGAAUAGAAAUAUUUCUAUUUCUAUAUUUAUUCGCUCUAUUUUAAUUUGAGGCAGUUUUUAUAAGAAAUAAAUUGUUAUAAAUCUUGCACUCAA